CUGGGUCUCUAGUAGUUUCCGUGCCGCUGACGCAUGCUUGCGCGCACAGCUGGGCCGGGCGCGUCCUACGCAGCAGCCGCGAGCCGGGCGGCCGGUGCCAGACGGUUCCGGCGGGGGGCAGGGGCGGGGCGCUGCAGGAGGCCAGGGACUCCCAACGGAGGAGCCGCACGGAGGCCCAUCUGACGCCUGCCGAGUUGCCAUGGCAUCCUACUACGACAUCCUAGACGUGCCGCGAAGUGCGUCCGCUGAUGACAUCAAGAAGGCGUAUCGGCGGAAGGCUCUUCAGUGGCACCCAGACAAGAACCCGGAUAAUAAAGAAUUUGCUGAGAGGAAGUUCAAGGAGGUGGCCGAGGCAUAUGAAGUGCUGUCAGACAAGCAUAAGCGGGAGAUCUACGACCGUUAUGGCCGGGAAGGGCUGACUGGGGCAGGAACUGGCCCGUCCCGGGCGGAACCUGGUGGCGGUGGGCCUGGCUUCACCUUCACCUUCCGCAGCCCCGAGGAGGUCUUCCGGGAGUUCUUCGGGAGUGGAGACCCUUUUGCGGAGCUCUUUGAUGACCUGGGCCCCUUCUCAGAGCUUCAGAGCCGGGGUUCCCGACACUCGGGCCCCUUCUUCACCUUCUCUUCCUCCUUCCCUGGACACUCUGAUUUCUCCUCCUCAUCUUUCUCCUUCAGUCCUGGGGCUGGUGCUUUUCGCUCUGUUUCUACGUCCACCACUUUUGUCCAAGGACGCCGCAUCACGACACGCAGAAUCAUGGAGAAUGGGCAGGAACGGGUGGAAGUGGAAGAAGACGGACAGCUGAAGUCAGUCACAAUCAAUGGUGUCCCAGAUGACCUGGCGCUGGGCUUGGAGCUGAGCCGUCGAGAGCAGCAACAGUCUGUCACCUCCAGGUCUGGGGGCACGCAGGUCCGGCAGACUCCUGCCUCCCGCCCCUCUGACAGCGAUCUCUCUGAGGAUGAUGAGGACCUGCAGCUCGCCAUGGCCUACAGCCUGUCAGAGAUGGAGGCGGCUGGGAAGAAACCAGCAGGUGGGCGGGGGGCGCAGCGUCGACGGCAGGGGCGGCCCAAGGCCCAGGACCAAGAUCCCAGCAUGGGGGGCACCCCUGAGGCUGCAAGGGGGGAUGCGGCCAAACCCAGUCCAUCCCCAGAAGAGAAGGCCUCUCGCUGCCUCAUCCUCUGAUCACCAGGCCCAAACCACCCUGAUUCAGGGCGACCGGGGGUCCUGCUCACUGUUGGGAGCAGAGGGGCAGGGCCUGAGUUGCAGGAGCCCUUCUCCAGCUCAGUGCUCCCCCAACAGGUUUCCCUCCCAUGUCCACUCGCACUCCAGU